AAAUGUUUUCUACUUAUUUAUGACAAAUUAUAAUGRUGUAAUCUGAUAAAAAAAUGUCAAUAAGGUAACAAACCGAAAGAAACAGUAGCGCCAAAUGAAACAAAAAUCCUUUCAUCAAAACGCRUAAAAAAUUGAGAAGAAAUUAAAUGGCAAKAAUUUUAAUUUAGUAGCGUGUAGUUUCUCCUGUAGAUUUUAUUACUGUUGGUCUAUUGGGAAAUAAUGCUUUGGCAUUCGAAAAGCAUCGCUUGCUCGAGUUCCCUACGAUUCAUAGGAGCAGGUCGAUUGUUUAAGUGCAUCCCAUAGAUGCUCUACAGGUCUAUAUGAUUCAUAUCUGGGCUUCUUGGAGACCUCUCUCUCUUCCAGUCAGCGAAGGUCCAAUUUAUGUGUGUGUUUCUUAACAAAACGUAUAUUUCUGGUGAGCAGUGGUGCAAUAGCCGCCCUUCUACUGUUCAAUCCUCUUAAAUUAAGUCUUACCUUGACUGAUCGUGUAGGACUUAUUACAUUACGAGCUCCUGCUACGGCUCUGCUAAUUGGCCUUAUUAGGACCGCUAGGACACGCUCCCUCAUCCCUCAUAAAACACGAAAAAUCUGAACCGAAUUUUGAUGUCCAGGUUAUCCAACACAGUCCCAGCGCUUCACUGCAGCCCAAACCCCCUUCAACACCCUUAACUCCGAUUGCGGCCGUUCAUUUGCGCCCUCCCAUACCUGCAACUAAUCAAAACUCCAGCAACACGACGAAUCUAGGCAGCGUAACUAUGAAGCCUUCGCGUGAAGAAUCAAAACUAGUGAGUAAAACUCUAUUGGCCUCAACGGUGAUCUCUCCUCCCACAACCAGAGAACGGCCGGUGCUGAGGACGCGCCGUCCUCUUUUGCAGCGCAGCCAGGACUCGACAGAGGAUGAGGAACUGUUUUCUGCCCUUUUGAAUCUUUCCAUCUGCGCGCCCCAUUCGGGAGAACCUGCCCACCCGCAAGCUACCACCAUUCUCCACGACUUGGGCGUAACCAACAGCAUGACCGGUUCGGAUAUUAGUAGCCUGGCAAAUCUGGAUUCGCCUCCGCGCGCCACUUCGCCCACUGUGGAGAUGAGAGAGCUGCUGGAUAAGAUCCAGCAGUUGCCCGUUCAGAAGAGCCCCAACCCGCCCGCAACGUCUGGAAGCACUCAUAGCAGGGCCUACUUUCACAGAGUGAGGGCGAAGACCCUGUACAUGCCUCUCGGCGACGUCCAGACAGUCAAUUCCGGUAAUGCCAGUCAAAGCAAAGCCAUCCCUUCAGUUUUCUCGAAAAGAUGGUUGUCGAGGUCGGCGCCGUGCACCCCUUGCGGGCCAAUUGCGCCCCCAUUUCCUUCCGGCCGGAACAGCCACAGGGGGAGCAAGACGCGCGUCAGUGACGGCAGCCCCCUUUUGAAGCAGCACGCCGAAGAAGCAGACGAAGAUUCCCAUCGGGAUGUGUUCUUAUGAUCAUGAGGAGUCGAUUGUUGAUCGGGAAGUGCGUCUUCUGCUGGUUGGCGAUGGGUGCUUUCUUCAGCGGAUUUUUUAGAAAUAGCGCAAACUACGCUACAAUGUCGAAUCGAAUUAGGCGCUCAAUUUUUUUAGGUCAGUGGCGGCUGCUGAUUUUAAUCGGAGUUUUAAGCGAAUAAAACUUCGAAGGAAACACAUUUUUUU